AUGUCAAUGCUAUAUAAAUUGGAUAGUAUAAUACAAGAAGAUGAUGAUGGUAAUAAUGUAACAUUUUGCGUAUAUGGUACCAAUAUACCACCAGUAAAAGAAUCAUUAACAAAUACAGAUGAUAAUACAACAACUGUUGUUAUCAAGCAUAAAUCACCAGAUAGUAACAAUAUCAAUGAGAAUAUCACUAAUAUUAUUUGUGACAAGGAUAAAAAAUCAUCAUCAACAUCGUCAUCAACAUCAUCAUCACCAGUUAGCUGUAAUGAUAAUAACUAUGAAGUUAAUUUCGAUGCAACCGUUUCAGCAUCUGUUGUACUGUCCAAGAAACGUAGCAUAUCCAGUAGUAAAAUUAACGAUGGUGAUCACGUGCAAACCAGUUAUUUUUACGCAGAGUGA